ACAAACACCUGUACACGAUUACAGGAAUGAAAUAAACAAAGCUGGGUGUCCAAUGCGAGAGUUGAUAUUGGAGAAUUGAGUUAGUCGGAAAUUGUUGAGUGGCAGAGAUGGUUUGCGGAGGAUUUGUUUGCACGAAAAAUUCCCUUUGCGCACUCAAUGUACUAUACGUGUUGGUGAGCCUGCUGCUAGUGGGCGUAGCAGCUUGGGGCAAAUGGUUCGGCCUGGUGUCCAGCAUCCAGGUGGUGGCGGGUGUGAUCGGCGUCGGCAUCUUCCUGUUCCUGGUGGCCUUUGUGGGCCUGUGCGGCGCCUUGCGGCACCACCAGGUGCUGCUCUUCUUCUACAUGAUCGUCCUAUCCCUGGUGUUUGUGCUGCAGCUGUCUGUGUCAUGUGCUUGUCUGGCCCUCAACGAAAACCAACGGAAUCAUCUACUGGAGGUGGGCUGGAAUAAGUCCGAGGCGACGCAGAUGGAUGUGGAGAAAACGCUUAACUGUUGCGGCUUCUACCACGUGGACUACAACAGAACCUGCGCUGCGAGCUGUUUUAACCAGCAACCACCAGUGACGUGCGCUACAUGCGCUGAUAUCAUCGAGAAGUACGCCGGGGAGGUUCUGCGCUUUGUGGGUGGUAUCGGACUAUUCUUCAGCUUCACAGAGAUGCUUGGCGUUUGGCUGGCCCGUCGCUACAGAAACAUAAAAGACCCUCGAUCAAAUCCUGGAGCCUUUCUGUAGAUUUUUUUUUAGAAUAAACAUAUUGCACUGCUCCACAUAUCAAUUUACUUGCCUUUUGGAUUUGAGAUUUGCUGUAUGGCUUUCCUGUUUACAGUGGUUAAAGACUGCCACGUUUAAAGUAGCCAUGCUAGCUGCUAGUUCCUUCUGUCUGAGCUCGGGACGCUAAAGGAUCUUUGUUAUCUCAAGAUGCUUGACUGUCAAUAUGUCACAACACUGAAUUUGCUUGGUAUUAUAUGCCAUGGAAGGAAACAUUUAUUACUAUGCUAGCAGGGUAGCAGGCUAUACUGCGCUGUCACAACACUAAGGCACAUUUGAUGACAACCUUCAAUUUGGUUUUCAAUAUUUCAUGGGUUAGAGUGCAUGAAAGUAUAUUUACUUAUUUCAACAUUGUCAUUCCUAAGGCGUGUUCAGCAAUAAAGAUUUAUGUCGGUC